AUGUCGUUUCGUGGAGGUGGCCGUGGCGGUUUCGCCUCAGGCGCCAACCGUGGUGGAAAUUUUGGUGGACGCGGUGGUCGCGGAGGAUUCCAAGCACAAACUGGACCGCCAGCACAGGUUCUGGAGAUGGGAACUGUUAUGCACGCUUGCGAGGGCGAGAUGGUUUGCGAAUCAGUGAAUCCCAAGAUUCCUUACUUCAACGCCCCUAUCUACCUCGAGAACAAAACUCCUAUCGGCAAGGUCGACGAAGUUCUCGGUCCCAUCAACCAGGUCUACUUCACCAUCAAGCCUCAGGAGGGCAUUGUCGCGACAUCCUUCAAGCCUGGCGACAAGGUCUAUAUUGGAGGAGACAAGCUUCUUCCACUUGAGAAGUUCCUUCCCAAGCCUAAGCCGCCGCCGGGUUCGAAACCGAAGAGGGCCGUCGGUGGCAGAGGUGGUUUUGCUCGCGGAGGCGCCAGGGGUGGACGUGGUGCACCUCGCGGUGGCCGAGGCGGCGCCCCCCGAGGACGUGGAGGACCUAGGGGAGGUGGUUUUGGUGGUGGUGGUUUUGGUGGAGGUGGUUUCGGUGGAGGCGGCUUCCGUGGUGGGAGCAGAGGUGGUGGUAGAGGAGGACCUCGUGGUGGAAGUGGAGGUUUCCGACGAUAG